AGAAUUCUGUCAGACAUAAUUUGUCUCUAAACAAAAGUUUUGCAAAGAUAGAAAAUCCUAAGAACAAUGGGAACACAAAGAAAGGCUGUCUCUGGGGACUGAAUCCUGUGAAAAUCGACCGCAUGGAUGAGGAGAUUGCCAAAUGGAACAAAAAGGAACCUCUUGCCAUUAAACGCAGUAUGUCUAAACCAGGUAAAGGACCACUUAUAAAAGAAGGGGCGCUAAUAGCAAAGACCACUGAUAAGUUGGGCAAGGAUAUUAUUAUUAGGCAUUAUCUGCCAGGAACUGGACAUUUUGCUUUGGUUCUACUGGUAUUUACAAUAAUUCCCAAAAUCAUAUAAUGAUUGUUGUGAUUAAAGAAUGUGUGAAACAGUUAACUUGAGGGAAGUGUAAUUGUUAAAAUAGAAAUUUAAAAAAAUACGGUUUACUGUACUUUGAUCGAUGAAUUAGAAUUUUUUAUUU